AUGAAGGCUGAAACAAAAGGAGAUGCCGAAAAUACUAAUCGAUCUGCGGAUACUGACUACAAUCCUUACGAUCAUCGUGAAGAGACGAACAAACGUGUCUCAAAUUUCGGCUCAUGCGCGAAUAUGGUGAAAAGUGCAAUAGGCACUGGAAUUUUUACUCUACCCAAUGCUUUUGCUGCCGUUGGAAUGUACACUGGAAUAGGCGGUAUAUUCACUCUUGGAAUUUGCCUGACGAUUACACUCCACAUGCUGGUUAAGACUCAUUACAAAAUGUGUACCAUUGAAAAAAAAUCAUUUCUAACAUACGAACAACUCUGUCAAAGUGUUCUCGCAACCGGCGCUCUGAAGGAUACAAAAAUCUCUAGGUGUCUGGUACUUCUGGUGAACGUGACCCUAUUCGCUUCGUAUAUUGGAAUCUCUUCGGUCUAUGUGGUCUUUAUCUCGGGAAUUAUUCAAGAAAUAGUCGAUCCAGGGAAGAGCGUUGGUCAAGGAAGUUACGCUCUGAUGUUGUUUCCCUUUUUAUUUCUUGUGAAUUUGAUGAGAAAUUUAAAUGACAUAACACCACUGUCAAUAAUGGGCAAUUUAUUCGUUAUACUUUCGUGUGGAAUUGGUUUCAUUUACGCCGUUAAAGAUGGUUUCGGAGACACUUGGCUGUCCAUUCAGCCUGACAUGAAAGUCUAUCCGAGAUUCAUUGGAGCGAUAUUUUUCAGUCUCUGUUCGCCGGGAUUGAUAUUAGAGAUCGAGAGGAACAUGAAAAAACCCUGGGAUUAUGAAAAACCGUGCGGUAUUCUUGAUGUGGGAAUGAUAUUUGUAAUGAUAUUUUACUUGAUUGUCAGUGGUGCAGUAUACGCUAAAUGGGGUCAAGACUCUAAACCGAAUUUCAUUAGGAAUCAUCCGGAACUCGAUGCAGCAACAUUAGCCGCAUUUAUCAUGCAAGUGUUGUCGAUAUACUUCACCUACGGACUAAUGUGCUACCUACCGGUUUUAAUAAUACACGAAAAAUAUGUGAUUAAUUCCAUUGAACGUUCGACUCACAAGAGAAGAACUGAAUUACUCUGGUUCUUUUUGCUUCGUCUCGGCGUGACAGUAAUUACAUGUGGAUUAGGAGCGGCAGUGCCGAGACUUGAAAUUUUCACCGGACUAGUUGGAGCGAUUUGUUUAGGUGUUUUGGGCGCGGUUAUACCAGUAAUUCUUUACAUGGUUGUUAACGCUGGUGAAUAUGGUCCCUAUAAGUGGAAGUUGUAUGCCUCUGGUGUUUUGCUGUUUAUCGGUAUUUUCUGCACCCUAUGCGCAACCGUUGUCUAUUCCAUUGAUCUAAUUAAUUUUCUCCUCUACGGCAAAUAGAUUCAAUUCAUUUUCAAGAGAAUUAUACCAGG